AUGUUAUCUGCGCGCGACAUCUUUAUACUGAGGUCGGUUUUUCUACGCGUGCGCGAUGCGGUGGGCGGUAAUGGCGUCCGCCCCAACGGGAUUCGCGCGCCGACAUCGUUUCGCGUCUCAUCGUGCGGCCGCAAUACAUCGCUCCACUUAAAUUACGUGCGAGCUUGUUCCGGUAAACUAUCGCGAUACCUACACUAUAAAAACGUUCUUACUUUUGCACCUGACCAGAUUCUCGAUAGGAAUGUUCUGAGUAAAGUGCUUGUAGAACACUAUUACACUUGUAUGGACAUUCGACCAGGUUGUUAG